AUGAGUUUUCAAGACUUCAAAAUAUUCACAAAUGAAUCUGCGGGUCCUAUAAUAAAGAUAUGUGGUCUUCAGACCGUGGAAGCAGCCCGUCGAGCCCUAGAUGCCGGUGCCAACAUGAUAGGAAUAAUAUGCGUACCCAAUAGGAAGAGGACCGUGGACCCUAAUAUAGCGAAACAGAUAUCUGCAAUGAUCCAUGGUGAUGCACGCUACGAGGGUCGAUAUCUUGUUGGGGUGUUCCGUAAUCAGAGUAUAGAGGAGGUGUCUAGGAUUGCGAAAGAAUACGGUGUGGAUGUGGUGCAGUUACAUGGGGAUGAAUCAUGGAGUCCUUAUCAUGAUGCGGUGAACGUUCCUGUUAUUAAACGAUGCGUGUUUUCUAGGGAUUGUGAUACUGUGGUGGAGAUUUGUCAUGAUCUUGAGAAUCGAUGUUUACCAUUAUUUGAUUCUGAAGCUGGUGGCACGGGUGAGGUAUUGGAUUGGGAUGCGAUUUCUCAAUGGGCCCUUGAGCAACAUGAUGAGAAGAUCAAGUUUAUACUUGCUGGUGGAUUAGUACCUGAGAAUGUCAACAAAGCUGUGAAGUUACACGGUGUAAUGGGUGUGGAUGUCAGUGGAGGUGUUGAGACUAAUGGAGGGAAAGAUAUGGAUAAGAUUGAUAAUUUUAUAAAGAAUGGGCGAAAAUAA